AACCACUUAACUUCCUUCUUGUCUCUCUCUCUCUCUCUCUCUCUCUGCAAAAAAAUCUCUCUUUUCUUCGUUUUCCACACAUCCUUUCCUUGGGAACACCAAACGACAUUCCAAAGCCGUCGUUUCAUCUGCUCAGUACUCCUCAGAUCCUUAAAUUCUCUCCUUCUCCCAAUCAUAUUAUUCCCCACAAACUCGAGAAGAAGCUUCAUCUCUUCUAAUUUCGUUCUUCCUCUUCAAUUUUUCCAAUUCAUCGCUUCCACAUUGAAGUAAAACAAGUGAUGCGAAUUCUGAUGUUGUUUGUAGAAUGAGAGCAAUUAUUGAAUUAUCUGUUGAAGAGGAACCUGUGAUUAAGAAAGCUAGAAUGAUUGGUAACGUAGAGAAUACUUACGAGGUUCCUAUAAUGUUGUCGUCGCAAACCGAAACAGCUGUUGAAGGGAAUGUUCUAGUUCCUUUGUUAGAUAUUGAAGAAAACAAAGAAACUUGUGUUGAUGAUGGAAGCUGCAAGAAUGGCCAAGAAACCGAGUCUAAUGAGACAAAGAUAGAGAAAGUUUCGGUGGCUGAUCGAAAACAUGUUGUUGUGAAUGAUGGAAACAUAGGAAAGCUUCCUGUUUUUGAGGUGGAAAAGAGUAACGAAGCUAAUGUUAUAUCGACUGUUACGAGGAGUGAUGAAGUUCCCGGGGUAGAGAGCAAAGGUAUCUGUGUUGAUUUGGGUGGAAUCAGAGAAGAGUGUGGAUCAAAUCCGUUGGUGUUAAGGAAAAAACUUCUUGUUCUUGAUCUUAAUGGGUUGCUUGCUGAUGUAGUCUCUCCUCUCAAAGAUGUUAAAGCCGACAUUAAUAUUGGAAGAAGAGCUAUUUUUAAGAGACCUUUUUGUGAAGAGUUUCUGAAGUUCUGUUUUGACAAGUUUGAAGUUGGUAUAUGGUCAUCGAGAAAGCUGAACAAUGUUGUAAGAAUUACUGACUUCUUGCUUGGUGAUAUGAAGAGUAAACUGUUGUUUUGCUGGGACAUGUCUUAUUGUGCUACGACGACUGUUGGUUCCCUUGAAAAUAAGCAUAAAUACGUGGUGUUCAAGGAUCUUAACCGGCUUUGGGAGAAACACGAUCCAAAUCUACCGUGGCAAAUGGGUUAUUACAACCAAACCAACACGGUUUUGCUUGAUGAUUCUCCGUACAAGGCUUUGCUUAACCCACCAUAUACAGCGAUAUUCCCUCAUUCAUACAAUCAUCAGAACAAGACAGACACAUCCUUAGGUAAUGGUGGUGAUCUGAGACUUCAUCUUCAGAGGUUGGUAGAAGCUGAAAACGUUCAAGAUUUCAUCAAGAACAACCCUUUUGGUCAAGAAGCUAUUACAGAAGCAACUGAAUCUUGGGAGUUUUACAGAGAGGCGAUUCGUAUGCUACAUGUACCUGCUCAAAUAUACAGAUUUAGAAACUUGAUACGGUAAAAAACAGAGGAUUGUUUCAAGAUUAUAUUUUUGUUGGGUUUGGGGGAAACAGAUGAAACAAAGAAAAAUUGACGGAAACGGCGUAAUGUUGUUCUAAUGUUUUUGUUAGAGAUGUUUGGUGUUUCUUUUUUAUAAGUUUGAAACUACAGGCAGUUGCUCUCUUUUUUUUUUUGUAUGUAAGUUUGCUACAUUUCAUGUCUCAUCCAGGAUUUUGGGGUGUUUAUACAAGAUCGGUUCAAUU